AUGUCGAUGGAUUCUGUAGCUCAGGAGCUGAGAUCAGCUCUUCACCAGUACCCGAACUUCCCCAGCAAGGGCAUUCUUUUCGAAGAUUUUCUACCCAUCUUCAGGUCACCACAGUUGUUUGGAAAGAUGGUUAAAGCCUUCAAAGAGCACUUCGAAACCAAGUUCAAGGACACCAAAAUCGACUAUAUCGUGGCUUUGGAAGCACGCGGGUUUUUGUUUGCUCCUGCAGUGGCUUUGGAAAUCGGUGCCGGAUUCGUACCUGUGAGAAAACAGGGCAAACUACCCGGUGAGUGUAUACACGCAACUUACACCAAGGAGUACGGUGAAGACGUGUUCGAUAUCCAAAUCGAGUCAAUUCCCGAGGGGUCCAACGUGGUGAUCAUGGACGACAUCAUCGCGACAGGCGGAUCUGCUUUAGCUGCAGGUGAGCUAGUGGAGAAAUUGGGAGCCAACAUCUUGGAGUUUUCGUUUUUCAUGGAACUCGACUUUCUCAAGGGCCGUGAAAAGCUGCAAGCGCCCGUGUUCACACUCCUGACCGGCCAGGAGCACGCCUUGCAGUAA